AUGUCUGGAGCCGACUUGCAGCGUAUCGAGUCGUACCAAUACCCAGCGACCCAUGUAGGACACUUGAGUGCUGGACAAGAGAAGGCACUGCUGUCUUUCAAAGAGCUAUGUCAGGAGAAGGGAUACUACAACCCAACCGGAGGCCCCAAUGGACAGCCCACCCACGAUGACGAAACAAUGCUGCGGUAUCUGCGUGCUCGCAAGUUUGUUCCAAGCGAAGCAUUUGGUCAAUUCAAGGACACCGAGGACUGGCGCAAGGAGAACCAGCUCGAGAAGCUCUACAACACCAUCGACAUUGGCGAGUACGAGCAGACUCGUGUUUUGUACCCUCAAUGGACUGGUCGUCAAGACCGUCGCGGUAUUCCUGUAUACCUUUUCGAAGUCGCCCACUUGAACAGCAAGGCUGUCUCGGCAUACGAGGCCUCUACUUCGUCUAAGAACCAAUCUGUGCAGUCUAAGAUACCUGCCAAGAUGCUCCGUCUGUUCGCCCUGUACGAGAACCUCACCAACUUUGUGCUGCCUCUCUGUUCGGAAAUGCCCAACCGCCCCUUCCCAGAAACUCCUGUAUCACAAUCAAGCAACAUUGUUGACAUCUCAAACGUUGGAUUGAGACAAUUCUGGAAUCUGAAGAACCACAUGCAAGAUGCCAGUCAGCUGGCCACCGCACACUAUCCAGAGACUUUGGACAGAAUCUUCAUUAUUGGAGCACCUUCAUUCUUCCCUACUGUUUGGAGCUGGGUCAAGAAGUGGUUUGAUCCUAUCACUGUUUCCAAGAUCUUUAUUCUUUCCAAGCAAGAAAUGUACCCAACGCUCUCCAAGUACAUCGAUCCAGAGAACAUUCCUGAGCAGUACGGCGGCAAGUUGAAGUACAAGUUUGGUGAACUACCCAACAUCGACCCAGAUCUACACAAUGUACUCCAAUGGACUUCACCGCACAAGCUCAACGGUCUGGACACAAUCCCUAGCGGACCUAUCAAAUGGGUAACUGAGCCAAACGGCGAUAAGGUUGCGGUCGCAGUAGGCACAGAGAAUGGCAAGCCUCGUGAGCGCAAGGUUGCUGUUGUAAAGUCAUCACAGCAGCCUUCAGCUGCCGCCCCAGCCGCAAGCCAAAAGGCCAGACAAGACGCAUCCAUAUACAGAACCACCAGCGGCAUCGACACACACCCUCCAAGCCCACCUCCUGGCCAGGAAACCAUGCCCCCACCGACUUACGACGGCACUCCUUCAGCAGCAAGCCCAGCCACUACACUCCCCGUGCGCGAACAGCACCAAGUCCCAUCCACACAGACCUCUGAGAACCAGCCCAGCACAAACAGAACAGGCACAACAGGUACGAGCUACAUCGCGCAAGCGCACACGCACGCCCACGGCACCAUGGCCAACGGUACCCCCGACAAGCGCGAAGGCACCUUCGGCGACACCUAUGGCGUAAAUGAACCUAACACGAUCGGACAGGCGCCUAAGGAACACCCUAUGCCCGAGCCUGAAGUGCCGCAACCCUCUUAUGUGGAUCAGGCCAAGCAGGUUGCUGGGCAAGCGUAUACUACUGCUGCUGGCGUUGGAGCAAGCGCAUUGGCUGCCGUAGGCUAUGGCACCAAGGAGGAAAACAAGGAGGCAGCUGAAGAGCAAGCUCCUCAGAAACCAGAGGAUCCGAGAGUGGAUGCCACUGGUGAUAGAAACGUCGAAGAGUAUCUUCGCAGCAAGUACGAGAGCCAAGCUGCUGAGAAGGCACAGGACUUGCAAUAA